AUGGCAUUACACUCCCGCCUGCAUUUAGAACAUUUGUCUUUUACAGUUCAAGAGGUUGUAAAUGACGGGACAAUUUGGCAACCAGCCUCGGGCGAUGAGGCACAAAUUUGGGUUUCUUUUAUCCCAGGCAAGUAUUUUGGUCCUAUGAGUGAAGGCUCAGAUGUUUCCGCAGUACCAAGGCCCGCAAUCGCAAAUAACAAACUGUCGCAUGUGGUUUUGGUCGGCUCGACAAUCGGGCUGCGAUUGUUCGCCCUCUAUGUCGUACAGUAUGGGGGAGAGAGCACACCACCAUACAUGAAAGGCUGUGCGGAACCCGUUCGCAAAAGGGCAGUUGUCAUAGGUAUCAUGGCGAACAAUGCUAAGGAAACGAUUGCGUGCCAUACGUAG